AUGAAGCCCGUUGUUUCCGCCUUGAACGCCUGGUCUUGUGUCAUUAUCUCCGUCUUCGCAAUCGUCAUCCUCUCAGUUCUCGGCUCGCUAUACAGCAGCAAUAACCACGCAUACACGGGAUCAAAAGACGAACCUGAAGAUGGUCCUGCCGUCGCCGCUUCCAUUUACACCGCUGUGAUCGUCUACGCUGUACGUCAUAACCCCUCCCUGAGCUCCGAUGGGGUCGUCACACGAGAAAGGAAUUGGUUACUGACAAUGCGCUUUUUUGGCUCACAGGGCUUCUUCGUUUUCUGCGGUUUCCAAGCUUAUCUUCACAUGCGAGACAGCAGGGGAGGUGCUAUAUCUCUCCAUUGA